AUGAUUGCAUCACACCUAAUUGUCCCAGCCGACAUAACAGUUAAAUGGAGCGAUAUAGCUGGCUUAGAUUCAGUAAUUCAGGAUCUUCGUGAAUCCGUUGUUUUACCUGUGCGACAUCGCGAUUUGUUUAAGGAAUCAAAACUUUGGCAAGCUCCCAGAGGUGUACUUUUGCAUGGACCGCCAGGAUGCGGGAAAACAUUAAUUGCCAAAGCAACUGCUAAGGAAGCGGGCAUGAGGUUCAUUAACUUAGAUGUGGCUAUACUUACUGACAAGUGGUACGGAGAAUCGCAAAAACUUGCAUCUGCAGUUUUUUCGUUAGCUGCAAAAAUUCAGCCAUGCAUUAUAUUCGUAGAUGAAAUUGAUUCAUUUCUGCGUGCGCGUAAUUCGAAUGAUCAUGAGGCCACGGCAAUGAUGAAAACUCAGUUCAUGAUGCUAUGGGAUGGACUAAGUACGAAUCCCAACUCAGCAGUAAUUGUAAUGGGUGCUACUAACCGCCCUCAGGACCUUGACAAGGCUAUUGUUCGUAGAAUGCCAGCUCAGUUUCACAUAAGCCUUCCAUCCGAAGUUCAAAGAAUGCAAAUUCUUAAACUAAUAUUAGCAACUGAAGAAAUCGAUCACAAUGUUGACUAUAAUCAUUUAGCUAAACUUACAAUUGGAUUUUCUGGUUCAGACCUUCGAGAAAUGUGCAGAAAUGCUUCUGUAUAUAGAAUGAGACAAUUUAUGCGAUCGAGUGAUAAACUGCAAUCGCCUUCAAAUCUUGCAAGUACUAAUACUAACAAAACUUUAAUUACUAUUACAAUGGACGAUUUGCUUAACUCUCACUUAAAAAUGAAAGAAUCUAAAAUGCACACUGGAAGUCUUUUUCUGGAAAAUCGAAUGGACUUGGAUUAAUUUAUUUUGAACGUAUAUUUCGCUUCAAAAAUGUUAAUAUUUCUUAUUUCCAAAUAUAAAA